AAAGAGAAGAUAAAAAAGAUCAUUCACUUUUGAUCGUAAUAAAUAUGAAAGAUAUUAAUUUUAUUGUCGCCCUUGUAAUUCUAUUACAUGUAUUAGGUUGAUGUCAUGUUAUGCUAUAAUCAGCUGUCUAGUGACAGUCCACUGCUGUACUAUAAGCCUUCCUGCACAAGAGGGGUUGGGAUGCACAGUUUAUUAAAGAGCGAUGCUGCCCAGCUAUGCCAAAUGCAACUUUAACUACACAUACCAAAAUAUAUUUUACCUUACUGUUACUACACGGUAAUGUAUAUCUAUGUAUAACAAAAUAUAAAUGCAUCAUCAUUCAACUGAAAAUGGAAUGACGUUGCUAUAAUCCAACCUUUCAGUAAGCAGAACUCGUUCAAAACUAACUUUACAUAAGACAACAAUAAUGAUUCUGUAACACGAUAUAUUAUGAUCUACAUGGUUAUAUCACCAUUAGUGAGGUCAGGAAUCGAUAAAGAGAAAAUUGGGUCACUAAUGACAUACAAUUGCUACAAAGUGGGCCUUUGAUAGUAAUAUUCAGUAGUUCUGUGGCUUAGUGCAUUACUUAUUCAUGAACAAAGUACUGGCCAGUUACUGCCAGUCAACUCGAUGUAUUUUUCAAAAGGAAUAAAAUCGAUUGUGUUGAAUGGAUGGUUGUUUGUUAGUAUCGAGAACUGUUUGUGUAUAAUUCAAAGAGAGGGUAAUGGCUGUUGAUUGCAAUUUCAAUACUCUGGUGUUUUUCGGCCACUGACUAGGGACCUCCUUUACUUUAUAGAGUUUGCUAUAAGCUCAAGCAGGUUAGAGAUUGGAGUUUAAAAGGUUCAGGUUCAGUUCGGUUUUGUGGGGCUUAGUAUAUUGUAAUGUAAUUAUAUGGAAAUUGAAUAAAUAAAUAAAUAAAAUAAAUAAAUCAGAGCAGAGCACUGUUGCCCGGUAUCUGUUAAAUGUAUGUCCCUAUAAAAAGUCCUUUACAGUCCCUCCUGUAUGCUCCUUUGAUCUUUAAUUCAUAUGACAUUUCGACACCAGCAAUUUAUACUACGCUAACUCAAAAAAGCGUACUUUACAGUAGAGGCGUUUAAAGGGAAAAACGUGAUAACUUUUACAUUAAUUAAGAUACUUUUUUGAAAUUUGGUAUGCUUAAUAUUUAAUUUAUUCAUUGUAAUAUCUCAUAUUUAUAUUUCCUUAUUUAUUUCUAUUUUUUGAUUUAGCGCAAGUUAGCCGUAUAUAAACGUAAUUCAUCAAAAAAAUGUUACAUCUUAUACACUUCUAACUUAUGUUAGCGUAGUGUAGUACGGGAGGUCGUAGUGGAUGAUCAAUCAUCUGAUGCAUAUUUCAAUAUUUUUAUAAAGAACAUGUACUUACUUACAAAAAGAAAAGUCAACGUACCAUUAAUAAACUAAUUAAUACGUUAACACAUAAGUAUUUUCUAUUUAAAAGUCGCUAAGUAGUUAAUUUUACAAACGAACAAAUAUACACACGAACGCACUAAACUACGCUAACUAUGAGUUAGCGCAGUGUUGCACGGAUUUUGACCAAAGUGAUCCCCGCGCACACUCCGCUAAUAAUAAAUAGUUGGCGUAAUAUAAAUCGAGUGUUUUCCAAAGGUACCUUUACUUAGCGUUUUAUAAGAUUUGUAACUUUCUUAUUUUUGUAUAUUUUUUCUCAAUUUUUUUAUGACGUAUGUAAAAACAUAUUUUAAGCAAUUUGGCAUAAAAAAACGUUUUUACCAAAUUACGAGUUAGCGUAGUAUAAAUUGCUGGUGUCGAUUUGCGGUAGUAGUAACUCUGAAGGUGGUGAUUAAUCUAUCCUAUAAUAUUUCUUGUCUAUAUGAACUUAGUAUACAAGCUUUGUAUCUUAGUCCUAGCAUUAUGAUAAUUAAUAUGCUUUAUAAAUAAAUAAACCUGAAUAAUUAGUUUAAUAUCACGAUAACAAGCAAUCAAUAGAUGAUCGAUCGGAAAUGUAUUACUUAGAACACAUGAUAACGGAUAAGAUUCAAAUAAGCAUAGGUUAGAUAUAAAUAUAAUUUGACUGCGGUAUACGAGAUUUUUGUUAAUAGGGACAAAAUCUCGAGAGAAGAUCAUACGGUUUACUACAAUAUUUUUCAUACUAAUAAAUAAACAAUAAUGUUCCUUGAUGUACAAUACUCAUCUCGUAGGACAAACUUUCACCUAGUAUACAAGUAAUGACGACAAUCAGACACAUUUUGACUAAACUCUAUAGUUGCACGUAACAUUUACUGUUUCUUUCGGCGCCACUAAAUAUAACAAAAGCUCGUAAAGGAACAUUGCUAAAAAAGUAGACUAGUUGCAUUUAAUGGUGGAGUUUCGGGUAAACAUUCCAAUGGCUUGACAAAUCCUUAUCUUUUGAUGGGACCCUGCCAUUAUUGCAAAACAAUAUGGAGAUAAGGGCACUUACCGUAACGGGCAACUGGGCACCGGGAAGUCAUAUAAAUAGAACGAAUUAGGAAGGAGAAAGCAUCAGUGUCUUCAAGGAUUUCGUUGGGAUAGGACCAAGAACCAACUAUCAAUCAAGAUGAUCAAAACACUAGCAGUACUAUUGGCUAUCGCAGCAACUGCUUUCUCAGCCGAAAUAUCUUCUUCAUACGCUGCGCUAGAUAAAAAUGCAGCUUUGAAACCAGAACUAGUACCUGCACCUUUGGAAAGUCAUGUGGUACAAGAUAUACCACAUGAGGCAGCACACCCAGUGUACCGACCAGAAGAAAUGAACCAGGGUAGAGCAAGAAUCGAACCUGUGAAAGCUUUUGGGCCAGUGAUUAAACAUGAUUCUAUGUUAGCUGACCAACCUGAGAUGCCUACGGAAGUUAAUAGGAUUGACGAUUUGGGCAUCUUAGCAAAUGGGUAUGUUCCUGGUACCGCUGAUGUGGCUUACCCUGACGUUCCGUAUGCUCCUGGCUAUUACUACGACUCAGGAUACGGUGCUUCCAACAAUUACGACAUGUACAGCUCAAACAACUACUUGAUGGAGCCCGAUACAUCAGCGUUCAGUUUGCUGUGGAGCCAAAUGCCUCAUGCCAGAACAAUGGUCAGUUUCGUCGGUCGUACCAUCACCUGGAUUUUGAACAGCAUCAUUGUUUUGGUCCUUGGUUCUCUCUUGACCGUUGGAGUUUGCACCUACACGAACUUAUGCACGAUUGCCUUCCACGGAGUUGGUCCCAUCCAUGAAGAAAUGAGGGCUCUCAUGUCCCCCGAAAGAUUGGAAAAGAUUAGCAACGCUGCAGACUUUGUUAAGACUGCCAUUGAUAAAUACCAAAAGAUACAAAAAGUAACAGAUACCGUUCACAGAGGUGAUGGUUUGAAAAAACGCCGUUCCAUUUUUAAGUAAUAUAUUUUUAAAACGAAUAUUUUAUAAAUAAUAUAUGUUUUUACUUUUAAAAUUUGUGCCAAAUAUUAUAUUGAUUUCGAAUUAAGUAUUGAAA